AAAUACUCUUCCUAACAUCGAGUUGUUCACAGAGGUAACAUGGCGGCUCCUAUGAGCAACGUGGACGAGAUAAGGAACAGAGUAAUUUUGGGUGAAUUUGGCGUGAAGAAUGUUCAUACAACAGACUAUCCUGGUAACUACCCUGGGUAUGAUGACACAUGGAAUUUUCAGAAAUUCAAAAAGAAUUUUAGGAUCGACAUAGUACAAAUGGAUGAAAAUACUAUGGAGUUUGAUAUGGUCGGCAUAGAUGCUUCCAUUGCCAAUGCCUUCCGACGGAUCUUGCUUGCAGAGAUCCCAACAAUGGCUGUUGAAAAAGUGUUCAUCUACAACAACACAUCCAUCAUUCAGGACGAGAUCCUUGCUCACAGACUUGGAUUAAUCCCCAUCAAGGCUGAUCCACGUCUCUUUGAAUACAGAAAUGCAGGUGAUGAAGAAGGCACAGAGAUUGACACAAUUCAACUCCAGCUUAAGGUUAAGUGCACAAUGAAUCCUAGAGCUCCAAAGGAUUCUGCUGAUCCUCGUGAACUUUACCUUAAUCACAUGGUCUACUCCAAAGACAUGAAAUGGGUGCCUAUCGGGAACCAAGCCGAUGUGUUUGCGGAGGCCAGUAUUGGUCCAGUGUAUGGGGACAUCCUCCUUGCACAGCUGCGACCAGGGCAAGAGCUGGACAUAGUUAUGCACUGUGUGAAGGGCAUCGGUAAGGACCAUGCCAAGUUUUCCCCAGUGGCCACGGCCAGCUACCGUCUCCUUCCGGAGAUCACGUUACUGCAGCCAAUCGAGGGGGAGAAAGCUGAGAGGCUGAAGCGCUGUUUCACGCCAGGAGUCAUCGAAGUGGAGAACAAAGAUGGAAAACAAGUUGCUAAGGUGGCCAACAGUCGCCAAGACACAUGCAGCAGGGAAGUUUUGCGACAUGAUGAUCUGAAGAAUUUGGUGAAGUUAGGAAGAGUGCGAGACCAUUUCAUAUUCUCAGUAGAGUCCACGGGGAUCCUGCCUCCUGACGUGCUGGUUUCUGAAUCCAUGAACGUCCUCCUGGCCAAGUGCCAGAGGUUCAUUAACGAGCUGGACUCCACAGACAUGGAGUAGAAGAAGCACUUGGGACCAAAGAGACAUUAACCUUGAAGGGUGGAGGAGGAGGAGGAGGAGGAGGAGAAGGAGGAUGACGCCGGCGACGCCGCCGCCAUAGUUGUCUGUGCUGAUUUGGCCAUAGCUGUUGGAUGUCCAGCUACUGUAGGUCUCGGUUACAAGGCAAAAAAAAAAAAUCCCAUUGCUCACAUUGAAGCUGGAUCUAUCUGACUGAGUUUCAUUCACACAAUAGCCACUGCUACAUGGCAGCAGCCAAAGUCAAGCUUUGUGUUGGCAAUCCACUCUGUGAUUUGUAUUGCUCUCACUGUCAGUCAUGGUCUCACAUUAACUUUGCAUAAGCCGCAGGGGAAGCACCUUCUAUAUAGCAAAGUGUAAUUCUGUAUGGCUUUAGUUUCAAUUAAUUUAUGUAAAACUGCCCUGGGAAUUAUGGCACUGGUAUUAAAAAUAGUUACAAAUAUGUGCAACGAAAGUAACAAAACAUUGCAGUUUAGUUCAUGAAAUGCAGCUUAAGCGAAUGUGGUGCACUGAUGUCUAACGUUGUUAGGGACCACUCCAAGUUCUGUGUUAGGCCCUGGCAGGAUGUGUUCACUCGACUCAGAGGAAGGCAGUCUGACCUCUUCUGUUCAGAAGGUGCUUGUGUCUGUAACCACCCAGGCAUGAUAUGUGAGUAAUGAUGGCUCCAUGUAAAAAAUAAAGGAAAACAUUUGUACGUA